AUUACGUGAUUAUUGUCCUGUUUAAUUUAUUAAAGUUACGUGUUUAUAAUUGUAUUACUUAGUAGACGUACGCAAUAGAUAUGUUUUCAAAGUUGUAUUUUUUUAAUAUAUUUAUCACAAUUGUGACUUGUGCGGACCAACAAAAUAAAGGUAGAUUAAUAAUAGAAAUAAAUGGCAAAGUUAUCGGUGGUGGUAAAUCUGUUACCAAUGGGAAUAGCAGCAGCACCAUAAACAUAAUACGAUUCAACAUCACAAAUAACGAAAAUGAAAAAUUGAGAUUCACCUGCAAAUACGAAUAUGAAUCCGGUGAAUAUCAUAUGAUGUUGUGGAUGGUAGACAAUAAAAUAAUCGCUGAAAAAUGUGUAGGACCGUAUCCAGCUCAUGACAGCUUAACUAUAUGGCCUGACUUAACUGAAUGGACUCCAACAUCUCUCCAAUGUCAAAUAUACGCUAAAAGUAAUGAUGUUAAAAAGUGUACCAGGAAGCCGCAGACGUCCGUAGCCAUUUUGAAAUAUUUCCCUAAAGAAAAUGUUACUGGAACUGUUUCUAAAAGUGCUGAAAAAAGGAAUUCAAUUUCAAUAUCAGGUCUCAACGAGUCAAAUAUUUUACCUACUUAUGGAAAGAGUAGUGUACGUUAUAAGUACAGAGAUGGCGAUAUACUACAGUUGAACUGCACCUCCCAACUCUCCUCGGGAUAUUUCUAUAUGAAAUGGUCAAAAAAUGGCGUCGAACUCGCUAAUAAGAACAUAACCAAAGACGUACUAACGGAACUACCUGUGGUCAUACCAUUGAGUAAACACGACGACAAAACGAUUAUUCAGUGUAGUGUUAUAGAAUUUACUGAUAAUCCACAAAAAAUUAAUAAAAACAAAACUAUUGAAUUAGUCUACGAAUCGGAUGAUGAAGGGUCUAUCGUUACUACCGAAGGGGCAGAUACGACUGAUAAUGCAGUAGCAUACAACAGCCAGUUAGAAAACCCCUCUGAAGAAAAUAAAGUUAUAUAUGUAGUUACAUUUAUUGUGAUCGCGAUCGUAGCGAUUAUUAUAAUCACAAUAAUUACUAUAAGUACUAUAAAACAUUAUAAGAAGAAUAAAAUGAAAGAGGACAAAAUAACUUUAAACGGUAAUUCAGUGGAAACAAGAUGGGAGCUUAAAUGUUCACCUGAAACAUACUCAGAUCCGGCUGACGUUAUAGGCAACAUGAAAAACGCGUGCGCAGUGUACAGCAGUCCGUGCAAGGAGGUUGUGUACACGACACCCAUACCAAAAAACUUACGCGUUGUAAAUAAAAUCGAAUAUGAAAAUUUAAGGACCAAACAUCAAUUGGAUCACAACGAUGUCAACGUUAAAACAAACUACGAAAACUCGAAUAAUUACAACACAACAUACGCCAAUUUAAAUAAUAAUAAUUUCAAUAAUUAUUCAAAUACACUAUGCAAUGGAAAUAUUGGAUCAGAUAUGUACAGUUAUAUUGUUGUCGAUAAGUAA